ACGGGUGCCGAGAGGGUGGCCCGCGCUCACAGUCUUCCAUUCACGGCCAGAGGAGGCUGUGACUUGGACGCUGGCACGGGCUUCGCCUGCCGCCGCAGCUCCCGCCCCUACCUUCCAUCCAUCCUCCCCAGCGAGACGCUCCUUCCAGCGCCCGCCACCCCUCGGGGCAGGUAAUUCACCCGCAGCCAGUCUCUGCACGGAGUCGUCUCCUGCGGUCCGAACCGGAGUGAACUUACUAGAAGACAGCAAGGACCACAUAAAAUUUUGAAAAUGGAAAACAAAGCACCUGUGGAUUCUCAUAAAGUUACCAAAGAGUCUAUCCUAACAGAAGAGUUGAUUUCAGAAGGAAAAUGGGUCAAGCUUGAACAAACAACCUAUGUGGAUCCCACUGGUAAAACAAGAACUUGGGAAACUGUGAAACGUACUACUAGGAAAGAAGGACUUUCUGCUGAUGGUGUGGCAAUUAUCCCAGUGUUACAAAGAACUCUUCAUUAUGAAUGCAUUGUCCUGGUGAAGCAGUUCAGACCCCCCAUGGGAGGCUACUGCUUAGAGUUCCCUGCAGGUCUCAUAGAUGACAAUGAAAGCCCAGAGACAGCCGCUCUUCGUGAGCUUGAGGAAGAAACUGGUUACAAAGGUGAUGUUGCUGAAUGUUCUCCAGCUGUAUGCAUGGACCCAGGUUUGUCAAAUUGUACCACACAUAUAGUGACUGUGAUGAUUAAUGGAGAUGAUGCUGAAAACGUGAGACCCAAACCAAAGCUUGGAGAUGGAGAAUUUGUGGAAGUAGUUUCUUUACCAAAGAAUGAUCUACUGAAGAGAAUUGAUGACCUGGUAGCUGAUGAACAUCUCAAGGUGGAUGCCAGAGUCUAUUCUUAUGCUUUGGCACUGAAACACGCCAAUGCAAAACCCUUUGAAGUGCCAUUCCUGAAAUUCUGAAACUGACCAAGACUCACCUCUAUGUUUUUAUAAACGAGGCCAAUCUUUCACAGUUUGGACUUUGUAUUCACAUAGUUAAUGUAGGUUUUGAAUUAGCUUUUUCAUAAAAUAAAGGCAACAUAGAAUGCA